UUUUCUACAGAUAUGGUUUAUAAAAUAGUGUUCCAAAACUUUUAUUACUUCAUAUCCACUUUGUCAUUAUUGACCCUGUUGUCUAGCCAUUUCUACCAUCCAAGCUCCAAGUUGCAGCAAUCCAAACAUGGAAGUCGGAAAGGAUGAAAUUACGGCAGAGCAGAGAAGACGCGCAUUUGCAAACCUGCUAGCGGCCCUAGCGAAGCGCAAAACCAAUCAAGCAUCUUGGAAGCUUCUGAAAUGUCAAAAACCCUCGUCCGAAUCCACUCCAUCUAAUGCCGUUUUUCACAAACCUGAUCCAAUUUCUGCGCCCAACCCGCUUCACAAGCCCGAGUCAUUGUCUCCUCCCCUCGAGAGAUUCCGGGCCAGGCUAGAAGUUUGCUCUGCAGACUCGUUCUCUGUCACUCCCGUACCUGUACAGGGUCAUCCUUACCCUGGUCAAGAAGCCUGCUUCGAAAAGCUUAGAGAUAUACUCUCAUAUGUUGUGCCAUCACACUACACUCAAAAUACUGGAGGUGGAAGGGGUUGUGUGUAUAAUCUUACAGAUUAUGAAGCAGUUCUGAGGUCCAUUAAGGGGUGUAAAGAUGUUGAGUGUGAAGAAAUACCUUGGGGAACACUUAAUGUAGUUGAAAAGCUUUCACAUUCCAUCAUUCCUGGGAGAUGAAUACCUUGCAGGCCAGAGCAUCUUCCAGAUGAGAAGGUCAAUGAGUUGAUUAACGGACUUCCUAAAACAUUGCUAGACACCCUUCUACCUUUUCAGCUAGAGGGAAUAAGGUUUGGGCUGAGGAGGGGCGGAAGAUGUCUCAUUGCUGAUGAGAUGGGGCUUGGAGAAACCCUCCAGGCUAUUGCCAUUGCUAGUUGUUUUAUGAAUGA